AUGAGUAGUUCAGAAUUAGAUAGUAGCCAAUAAAUAGGACACCCAAUUAAAAAAAAGGUUUGUAGAGAUGAAGAUAAAAAUAAAAAUGAUACAGAUAUCAAAGAGGAAUAUCAAGAUUAGGAUAUUUCAGAUGAUGAGGGCGAGGAUUUAGAUUCUAAUUCUUAAAAAAAACAGAAUUCUACAAAUAAAUCAUUAGAUGGAUAACAAAUUGGAAAUGAAAGAAGUACAGAAUAAUCAAAUGGGAUUAAAAAAUUAGAGAUAAAAUCAACUUAUACCUAUCAUAUGAAUAACCCUAAUCAUAUAAUAACAAAUGAACCUAAUGAUGUUGAAUGGGAGUGUUUUGAUUGCAAUAAAAAAUAUAAAAGUUAUCCAGCUUUCUAUACUCAUAAUAAAAUAAAGCAUAAUGGUAAUCCUCCUGAAAGAUAUAAAAUUCCUCGUCCCCUAGAUAGUAUUUCAAAAGAUAGAGGUAGACCUAAGGCUGAUACUAGCACUAAAUAAAAAUUUACAGAUAAAGACCAAAAACAGCAUAAUCUUGAGGAUUAGAUCUAUGAAUUCUUAGCAAAAGCAGGAGCAAAUGAUGACUAAGAUAACAAAAUAAUUAGAUAAUACUUAAAUGAACCUGUCAAUUAUAUUGAAGCUAUGCCCUCAUUUAAUUUGUAGGACUCUAACAUACAAGAUAAUAUUUAACAGAUAAAGAAAGAAAUAGUAAAGCUAAUAGAUUUAGUUAUGCAAUAUGAUGAUUUCUAGUAUAUUGAUCCCAUGGAACUAAGUGAUCCUUAAGAAAGUGAAAUAAAUCUGUUUAAUUUAAAAUAUUUGAUACAGCAUUACAAAUAAAAUAAUUUGAUUAACGACUUUUCUUUAAUUUCAAUAUUCAUUUCAUGGAUAGGAAAAGAAUUAAGAUAAGAUUCUUAUUAAGAAAUUUGUUUAAUUUUAAUUGCAUAUUUUACAUAAUAUUAAAAUGAAUUAAAAAAAUUGGCAAAAAUUGCCCCUGAUACUAGAAGAGAUCUCUUAGAAAAGAUUCACAAAUUUAGAGAAUAUAGAUAUUUCUUAUUAGCUCAGUAAUUUAAGCUAUUUAAUGACUAAACUAUAUUCGAUUUCAUUGGACUUUUUAAGAUUUGGAUAGUAUUUUGGAUAGAAUAAAUUUAUGGUGAUGGAAUUAAAGUAAAUACAUUUAGUAAUAAGCAAGAAGCUCCUAUUAUUUUGGGCUCUGAUGAAGAUGAAGAUAACUUUGAUGAAGAUGAUGAUAAUGACAAUGAAGAAGAUGCAGCUGAAGAGAAUGAAGAUGAAGAUGACGAUACUAAUCGAAAAAUUUCAAAAUAAAAAUCUAAUUAGAAUAAAAAAUAAAAUAACAGUUAAAAAAAAAAUUAACAAAGUAAAAAUAAUAAUAAUGAAUUAGAAAAUCCUGAAAAUUAAUUAAAACAAAAAAAUAUCUAAAAAGAACACAUAGAAAGAAAUGAAACAAAUUUGGGAAUGACUAAAGUCUAGGUUGAAGAAGAGGCAUGA